GGCAGUGACAUCAUAUGAUGUCUGGCGGCAGAUCUUCUUAUUGCUAUGUCGGCAACGCUCUCCCUGCGCGUGGUUGCAGAAUGUAAGCAGAGUAAGGCUCGUGUUUGUGAGCUGCGACUACCGCAUGGUCUCGUUGAUUGCCCGGUCUUCAUGCCUGUCGGCACGCAGGGAACCAUGAAAGGACUCACCGCUUUGCAGCUAGAUGCGCUGGGAUGCCGCCUGUGCUUAGGCAACACCUAUCAUCUGGGCAUGCGACCCGGACCAGAGCUUAUCAAAAAAGCUAAUGGACUCCAUAGCUUUAUGAACUGGCCAAGAAACCUUCUCACAGAUAGUGGUGGUUUUCAGAUGGUAUCUCUGGUGGAGUUCUCCAAGGUGACAGAGGAGGGAGUACAUUUCUGUUCUCCUUAUGAUGGCAAGCAGAUUCUGCUAACACCAGAAAAAUCAAUUGAAAUACAGAAUGCUCUUGGCUCUGACAUUAUAAUGCAAUUAGAUGAUGUGAUCAGCAGCACUCUCGGUGGCCCGCGUGUGGAAGAUGCCAUGUUAAGGUCUGUUCGCUGGUUGGACAGAUGUAUUGCAGCACACAGCAAACCUAACCAGCAGAAUUUAUUCGCUAUUAUUCAGGGUGGGCUGGAUCCUAUCCUUCGAAACAAAUGUCUAGAAGAGAUGACUAAACGAGAUGUGCCAGGUUUUGCUAUUGGAGGUCUCAGUGGUGGUGAGGCCAAAGAUCACUUCUGGAGGAUGGUAGCCCUCAGCACAAAACAUCUCCCAAAGAACAAGCCUCGCUACCUAAUGGGAGUUGGUUAUGCUACUGAUCUGGUGGUGUGUGUAGCCCUGGGCUGUGACAUGUUUGAUUGUGUCUAUCCCACAAGGACAGCACGCUUUGGUUCAGCUUUGGUCCCCUGGGGCUCCCUACAGCUGAAGAACAAGCAAUAUGCUAAGGAUUUCCGACCCAUUGAUGAAAACUGUACUUGCCCUACCUGCCAGAGAUAUAGUCGAGCUUUCUUGAAUGCUCUCUAUCCUAUUGAUUCAGCUGCCAAGCACCACAUUACCAUCCAUAAUAUUGCGUACCAGAUGAACCUGAUGCAUUCAAUUCGCGAAAGUAUAACUGAGCAAAAGUUUCCACAGUUUGUUCAGAAUUUCAUGAAGACGAUGUAUGGGAACUCCAGCAGCUAUCCCCAGUGGGCUAUGGAGGCCCUGGCCUCAGUUGAAAUUAACCUGGAGUAAGA